AUGGUCAACACCAAGUCUCCCGAGCUGGUCGAAUACCACCAGUUCCUCAUCAACCGCAUUCCCUCCAACGUCACCGACGCCUUCCGCAUGGCAAUCAUCGACGUCAUCGAGAAGCGCGUCGAGUUCCCCGACCCCAACGACUGCAACCUCCUGUGGUACAUCCAGAACGAGUACGAAAACGACCGCGAGCCCAAGGCCGCCGAGGUCGUCGCGCUGGCCCUGUGCUACGAGAAGGGCGCCAUCGAAGGCGGCAUCUACGAGAUCCAGCAGGAAUACUAUGCCAAGCACUCCGACCUCGCCCACAACAUCCACAAGUGGACCAUUGCCGGCAUCGCCGGCCAGCCUGUCCAGGAGACGGAUGAGAGCGGCACCGCUUCACCUGACGCCGAGUUUGCCGACCCUUAUGAUUCUCUCCAGCAGCCUGAUCCCUUCACUGAUCCGUCCGAGAGCUCCAAUGCCAAGGGAAAGCGCAAGGUCUCUGACGAGGACGACGAGGCCGCCAAGCGGGCCCGACUGUCUCGCCUCUCCCACAACGACUACACUGACAACGAGGACACACCCCUCCUCAACAAGCUCAUGGCCAACGUCUUGGCUCCUCCCAAGAAGUCCUCCAAGAAGGGCACCCCCAAGACCGCUGCUUCCUCCUCCCGCAACCAGAGCCAGGACGCCAACCCCGGCCCGACCGCCAACCUGAUGGUGACCUCGUUCCCCCGCGUUCCCAUGACCAGCAACCACGCUGCGACGUCCGACAGGAACAACACGGGUCAACGCCAGAUGCCCGUCACUCCGAACGCCAGCUCUCGCCGCACUAGAACCAGCCCCGUAGAGAACCCGGAGGCGGCCAAGACAGCCCAGACCCAGGCCAUCAUCGACGUCCUCCACAAGCAGGCCACCGACAAGCUGGCCCAUGCCGAGGCUCUUCGCAAGGAGAACUCUGCUGCCCUCGACCAGCGGCCCGCCGACAUGGACCUGGCUGCUCUGACCGAGCACGUAACCCACACCAACGGCCUCAACUCCCGCAUCCACUCCUACCACGAGAGCGCCAUCAAGGACCUGAGCGAGGCCGUCCGCCUCCAGCGUGAGCAGGACAACGCCUCCUUCAACCGGCUCAACCACAUGGAGAGCAUUCUCAGCGUGAUCGGUAGUGCCGCCCGCUGCACUCUCAGCCGCACCUACGAGUCUGAAAACUGA